CUUUUCUUUGAGCUGUGCGCUCGACUCAGAAUUGUUAUGAGCUGAGAAAGAGGUUUGAGAUUUCCGGGGAGAAUGUUUUAUCCUUAUUUUUGCGGAGCCUCACUUUCCUCAAGUAGGAGUUCCUGAGCCAAAUAAGCCCCACAAGCACAAGAUGAAGUGCGAUUGCGUGGACCGUCUUGUGUCCUACAUGUUCCGCAAUCUCGGAUGGAUGGUGGGCAAGAAGCCAGGCUACUUUGUUAUAGUUCCUAUUUUAAUAUCUGCGCUUCUAGCCACAGGAAUGCAAAGGAUAAAGUACGAAGCCGAUCCGGAAUACCUCUUCAGUCCUACUGAUGGUCCUGCUAAACACGAGAGGUGGGUGGUGGAGACCAUCUUUCCUAUGAAUCUUUCAAAGAACUUCGAUGUGGGACGGAUGAGUCGGAUUAGUCCGUUUGCCAGGAUCAUGAUAGAGGCAAAGAAUGGUAAAAGCAUUUUUGACAAAGAUGUUUUUAGCGAUCUGAAGCUCAUUGACAAAAUGGUAACGAACAUAACAGUUUGGCAUAACCACAGGCUAUGGAAGUACAAGAACAUGUGUGCGAAAAAGAACAGGCGUUGCUUCGAGAACACCAUUUUGGAAUUUGAGGAUCGCUUGGAUGAUAUGGCUAACGGAAAAUAUUCCAUUGAUUAUCCACUUAUGGUGAACGAAGUGACGUUCAAGAUUUUCUUCAGUGCGGCAUUUUUGGGUGGUGUCAAGACGGACGAGUUCAACAUGAUCGAAUCUGCAAGAGCUGUCAACUUGCUGUAUUUCCUCGAGACGGGCCCAGGCAAAAAAGAACGGGCCAACGUCUGGGAAACUGCAUUUCUGCAAUUAAUGGAAGAUUCAAAUUUUGAACACAUAAAUAUAGCGUACUAUACAUCUCUUACGUUAUCUGAAGAACUCGAGAAAAAUACGAUUUCAGUCUUGCCAUUGUUCAGUGUGACAGUUGUGAUCAUGCUUGCGUUUUCGGUGUCUACGUGUAUGAUGUUGGAUUGGGUAAAAAGUAAACCAUGGCUAGGUGUCUUGGGUUGCUUCUCAUCAGCCGUGGCCGUUGGAGGUGCUUUUGGAUUGACAGUGUAUUGUGGAUUAGAAUUCAUUGGUUUAAACCUUGCUGCACCAUUCUUGAUGUUGGGUAUUGGAAUGGACGAUACGUUCGUCCUGUUGGCAGCUUGGCGUAAAACAGACGACAGGCUGAGCGUGCCCGAGCGGAUGGCGCAUGCGUACGCCGAUGCUGGAGUCUCCAUCACCAUCACCUCUCUCACCAACUUCAUCUCUUUCUGGAUAGGAGUCAUCACCCCGUUCCCCUGCGUGCGAAUCUUCUGCAUUUACACAGCCAUGGCGGUGCUUUUUACCUACAUCUACCACGUGACCUUCUUUGGCGGGUGCAUGGCGCUUAGCGGAUACGCCGAAGAACGUAACCUGCAUUCCUUUAUAUGUGUGCCUACAAUGCCAAAGUCUAUCGCUAAUGAUCGUGGAAAGUGCUUCGUACUGUUUUGCACUGGAGGGCGCAAUCCACUGGAUCCAGACAACCCCAUAGAUAACCAGGAAAACAUGAUGAUGAAAUUCUUCCGGGACAAGCUUGGUGCAUUUCUCUGUAAGAAGAAAGUCAAGUGUGUCAUCAUAGCGACUUUCCUGGUUUAUCUCGGAUUCGGCCUCUGGGGAUGUACAAAAGUCAAAGAAGGUCUUGAACGUUUCAAGAUGGCUCGUUAUGAUUCAUAUUCUUUAGAUUAUUACGAUCUAGAAGAUAAAUAUUUCAGAAAAUAUCCCUACCGAAUUCAAGUUGUAAUCAAUAAGACAUUAGAUUACUCUGAUCCUAAAGUUCAAGAAGAAGUUGAAGAUUUGAUCCAUAAACUAGAGAAUAACAGAUUAAUGGCUGGAAAUCGCUUCACGGAAUCUUGGCUGAGAAUCUACCAUCGAUUUAUGAAGGACCAGAGAACUCAGGUGUUUCUUCAGGGAUUUAACAUGAGCAAAAAAGAGGACUUUUAUAGAGGGAUUAAGCAAGUGUUCUUUCGUCUGUCUCAAAAUUAUUUUGAACAGGACAUCAAAUUCAACGAUGAUUAUACAGAAAUAGUAGCGUCAAGAUUCGUUCUGCAAACAGAAAAUAUCAUGGAUGCGAAUGACGAGAAGAACAUGUUACUGGAACUGAGAGCAAUAGCGGAAAAUUCCACUUUGCCUGUCGUUGUGUUUAAUCAGUUGUUUGUUCUAUUUGAUCAAUUUUUGCUCAUCAAGGAAACAUCCAUCCAAGCUGUCGGAGUUGCCACUGCGGUUAUGAUGAUCAUUUCCUUUAUUUUUAUUCCUAUACCAAGUUGUGCAUUGUGGGUGGCGUUUUCGAUAUUUUCAAUCGAAAUAGGAGUCGUGGGUUACAUGAGUUGGUGGAAUGUGAACCUGGAUGCUAUAUCCAUGAUCAAUCUCAUUCUUUGCAUAGGGUUUUCUGUGGACUACUCGGCUCAUAUAACGUACGCUUACAUAUCUUCAGAACAAAAGGAUCCAGACAUUCGAAUGAAGAACGCUUUGCAUUCCUUGGGCCUGCCAAUUGCGCAAGGAAGCGUCUCAACGUUAAUAGGUAUCGUUGUUUUAAAUGCAGCUCCUUCGUAUAUAUUCACAGUAUUUUUUAAGACAGUGUUUCUUGUUAUCCUGUUUGCCGCUGUUCAUGGCCUUUUGCUUCUGCCUGUGCUGUUGUCCCUAACAGAUGGAUGGUGUGGUUCGAAAAAAGAGAAACCUGAGAAAGAAGGAAUGCCUCCUCCUCCCUUCUACAUUACAAAUCGCCACAAUGACAUUCUGGCAGACAGUGGUAAAGGAGGUGGUUUACCUCCCACGUACCGCUCUCUGGCAGAUCCACACUUUCCAGCCCCCAUCAUUGAAGAACAGCCCAAGUACAAAACGACAGCAACUUGGACAGACAAUGGUGACUUAGACCAAGGCAUUGGUACUAGUGGUGAAAGUAGCGAUGGUAGCUGGCGUGGUGGCCAUGAUGAUAUUGUUGACCACGCGCGACAGCUACGAGGCAGCAAAUCCAAGCUCACGUCCGUAGGUCAGCCGGAUGAUUCGCCGAGGGUCCGGGAACGAGGGGAUCACGUGAACCCCGGCUUUGUGGACGACGAUGGAUAUCGCCGCCACAACAAGCACAAAGGCUACAACGGUAGGUGGGAUGAUCUGGAAGCACGCCAAGAUUCCCCACCUAGGAAGAAUCACUCGAACAACAGAGACAUUUCUCGACCUGACCCGGACAGUCCGUUAAGUCGCUACAUGUCGCGGCUUAACAGCGGUUACGUCAGGGAAUUUCAAUUGCCAUUGUGAUCAAGUUGUAUUAUAAAUGCAUUUUUUUUAGGAAUUAAUGUUACUCAAGUUGUGCCACUUCGUGAUUCGUUAUCACGAUUUUUUUUGCAGCGGCCAUCGAUCUUUUAAUGGACAAAAGGGCUUUUAAUAAUGCCCCGCAGAACGUGAACGCAAGGCAAUCAGCUCGUUGGUGUGUGCGUUUUUGUAUUUUAUCAUGCGUAUUUAUUUUUGUAAUUUUAAGCAACUGUUUUUUAUAAUCAGUUGAAGCGCAAUAAAGUCAUUCAAAGUAAUGAAGUGCAAAAUCUUUGUUCAUCACAUUUGACGUUUAAUAUUACUUGUUUCAUCUUAAGCAUUUAAAUGGUAUACAAAGCUCAAACUGUCCCUCAAAACCUUUCUUGCAUUACAAUUGAAAAAAAAAAAACUGUUUCCCGAAUUCAACAUUCUUGCCGGUAUCAAUUUCUGACAGAAAGGAAAGUCGAGGCUGCCCCCCCCCCCUUUUUUUUCAUUCCUCAUCCUAUUUUUCCCUAUUGCUUUUUAUUAAUUUUUGUUUUACAAUGCGAACUUAUGAACAUUUCAAGCUAGUGUUGAACUCCGCAAUUUGCAGUUUUACCUAGAUACGACUCAAAAUUCCAGCAUCCUUUAAAUAUUAUUUUUACAGUUAUUUCAAUAACUGUUAAGCUGGCACCCUGUCUGAUGUUAUAUGAAAUUAGUGUUAUUGCAUCUUAGAUUAAUUGGUCACACGUUCAAUCACAUCCAGCCAUUUCACCGAAGAGUCAAUUGAUAGAUGCCUCGUUUUAUUGUGAUACAAAGUCAUUCCUUUGAGUGUGGCUAGGGGAUUUGUAAACGUUUGAUAAUUUUUAGUCUUUUUUGAAUUGGACGAACCACUGUAUUAAACCGGUACGAACUUUUGAAUACAAAAAUUUUAUGCAAUUUUGUUAUGAAGUCGGCAAAAAUGUAUUAAAAAUAUUAUAUUUUACAGACAAUGUAAAAUAACAGAAAUAAGUUACUUAAACUAUUAUAAUAUGUGAAACAAUGUUCGAUAUGUUCAGUAAAUUGUUACGACAAAGAAUUUAGUAUACAAUGAACUUUUUUAUUUAUUAAUUUAUUUACCAUUGGCAGAUGUUUGGCAACUAACCUAUUACCCAACAAACUUCCCAAUGUUUUUGAACCGCAAAAGUGAAAGUAAACAAUGCAGUGCAUAUAUCAACGGGUCAAUUACACAUGCAUAAUUUACAUGAGACACAAUUAAGACAGUUGGUAAGUCCGAUUUUAAACAAGUGAGAUAUAAGUGAUCAGUGAACUGCAAUGAGUUUAAUGCCACGAUAAUGAACGAUGUUGUAAUGCUAUAAGUUCCUUAGAUUGAAGCAAAUUAACUGAUUAGAAAUUGUUUUGUGCCAUGAGGAAUUGAUAAGCGUUGAACUGAAACAACUUAAAUAAAUGACGAGUUAAUUAUUAACUUGAAAUUAGUAUUGAUCCCGAGCAGCACAUUUUGUUUCCAGACAUUUUUAAAAGGUUGUGUACGAUGUAAAAACCAUUUUGAAAAGCUUAAAUGUUACGUGUGGUGCUACAUUGGAGACGUAAAUACAUUUUCCAGUGCAUGAAAAUGUUUUUGAAUUUAAAAAUAAAAAAAUUAAUAAACUUCAGCUCAUCUCACUUUUGAAAUUAUGCUUUUUUUUUAAUGUUUUUUGAGGCUCCGUAUGUGCAUUAGUUAAAUAUGCAUGUUAUGUGAAGUCUCUGUACAUGGGCUCAAGACUGCUGUUUUUUUUUUUUUUAAUUUUUUUUUUAUUAUUAAACGUAAAAAUAGAAUGUUAAGUGAUAUAAUAUUUCAGUUCCUAUCUAGAGGAAGAACAAACCAAUAUUUAUUGCUUCUGUUAGCGAUAUUGAAGUGUUGUUCAAAUCAAAGCAACUUAUUAUGAUUAAGUUCGCUUAAAAGGAAACGACUCAGCAAUUCUCAUUGUGUUUUGCUUUAAGAGUAGGUAUAAGUUUUUCUUGGUAUAAAAUGUGCUCACUCGUACAAUUUAUAUUUGGCGCGAGAAAAAGGUAGCUUGAUACAUUUUCAAAAGAAAUACGUUCAAAUUAUUAUUUUUCUUUUAUGUACAAACGUUUUACAAACGUAUAGAAUAAAUAAGCUAUCUCAAACUUCAAACAGAAAUUGACAGGUCUUUAUAUAUUUAUUCAAUGGCUCAUCUUACUUCAAAAUCUUGUGCUGGAGGAAUCUACUUAACCUUGCAUUUGGGAGCUUACGAAUAUGGGUUUUUAAAAUACUACAUACUUUGACGAAAAAAGAAAAAAAAAACAUUGUUAUGUUAUUGAUAUAGAUACUAAUCCAUUUUUAGUUGUCGGCUAGUCACUUGAAUUUUACGAGCAUGAGUGAUGAAAUACGAACCUGAAGAAGUGAAUAAAAAAAGCCCAAACAGAAAUGAUAAUCAUUGUCUUUACGUAGGUGUUUAUUUUUCUUUUUGGAAAUUCAGCCAUAUCAUUUAUGUAUCAAUGUUAUCUGUAACAAACUUGUAUACUAUAUACUCAUUUGUGUACACAUCAUCUUUUAAAAAUCAUGUAAAUUUUUGUAUUUAUGUCGGUUUGAAUAUAAUAUAUCAUGUUUCAUACGUAUUCUCCAAUAAAUAAAUCAAUUUUUUCACAAU